GGUUUCCGGCGCGACAAAAGUCGCGAGCGGCCAUUUUAAGGAACCUUCCUUGGAAAGGCCACGUCUCUUUCCCUUCGGCCGCCUCGCGUCACGCGGCGACGGAGCAGCGGAUUGGCUGUGGGGGCCCUCGGCCCCAGCAUCCCCCGCGCGGGAGGCGGGCCGCUCCUUUUCUCGUCGCGUCUCGCUGGUGGCGAUGGCGGGCGCCGGGCUGAGGCUGCUUCGUCUGGCUGCGGCGGCGGCGCUGCUGGUGCUGAGCGGGGCGCGAGGUACGGUCACCUGCCGCGGCUGCGAGGGCGGGCCGGCCCUUCCUCCGGCUUCCCGGGGCCCCGAGACUCCCGCCCUAAGGGCUGUGGGUUCGAGGUCCCCCCCCGCCCGGGAUAAAGAGGUUCCUGCCUCGCAGGGGGUGGGCUAGAUGACCCUCGGGUCCCUUCCAGCUCUGCACUUCUAGGGUUCUGUGGGCGUCGUCGGGUAGGGGGAAGAAACGCGUGUGCGAAAUGUUGGGGACACGUGUCUUGGCCCCGGGAAGCUCGCCCACCUCGCGGGGUUGCUGUGGGGGCCCAAGGGGCGGGGGGCCGAGCCGUUCGUGCUGCCCUUAAGCCUUUCCUUACAGCUCGGUUUGACUUGUCCAGCGCACCGUGUAAACCAGGCUUCCUCAACCUCGGGCCUCCAGAUGCUUUGAGACUACAGUUCCCAUCAUCCCUGACCACUGGGCCUGCUAGCUAGGGGUCGUGGGAGUUGUAGGCCAGAAACAUCUGGAGGGCCGAACGCUUCUCCCUCGGUCUCAAGGCUCCCCACGUGGCACCACCUGCGCGCCAGGCAUGGCCGCCCUGGACAGACUUUGUGAGCUGACCCAUUCCAGGGGUUUCCUUAGGAACAUAGGAAGGUAGUCAAAGGAUUUUCCCACCUAGCCCCGUGUUGACUGGCAGCUGCACACCAGGGUCUCAAGAAGAGAAGCUUCUGCAGGUGGUGGACUCUCCUUCCUUGGAAGUUGUCAAGCAGAGAUUGGAUGGUCAUUUAGUGGAGAUUGCUGCAUUGCAGAGGGUUGGACUAGAUGACCCUGGGGUCCCCCUUCCAACUCUACAUUUCUAGGAUUCUAUGAGUAGAAACACCUCGCAGCCACAUGCCAAGGCUCAGCCUGAUAGGGUUGGGGGUUGUCGUUUUUUCACAAAGUGUAGCUGAAUCGCUAUUGGUCUUAUCUGGAAGUUAAGUCUAAUUCAGUGGGUCUUCUUUGGAAUCAUGCAAUUGGGCCAAACUCUGCCUGUAGUGCCUGUUUAAUAGUGGCUUUUUUACCAUAUGCCCGUAUGACAUUUCCCAUCCGCUCCCCUCCUUUGUUCUCACUGCUUAAGCUCUGGCCUGAUGAAAAGUGUUGACAAACACUAAAGCUUGCACACUUCUUUACAGCCUUCCCCAUUUGUUUCAGUAAAAUAUAUUGUGUUAACUUUGGAUUUUUCCGUCAUCCUGGAAGAUGUUAAUGAAGUAUUCCUGGAGCAGUUCAUCCAAACAACAGCAGGAGCUUAAUGUCAGGUUAGAAAGCAGCAAGCAACCAUUUGUGUUUUCACAGAGCUCUUUCUUGGGGCUAGAUCUUGCACAGAACAUAAAGGAGAAGAGAAAAUAUAUAGGGAUACUUAAUGACUUUCUUAAAAUGGUGCUUCAGGGGAACAUAAUGUAUGCAUCUUGGAACACUUCACUUCAUUUCAGCUCCUACUUGUACCUUUAUAAUGUGCAGUUUAUACACAUUGUGCAUGUGUAUAAUGAGGCAGUACAUGAACUGGUAAAGGCCAAGUAUAUAAACUGUACAUAAACUGGUAACAGCCGAGUUAAAACUUACUAGCUUUUAUUGAUGGGGUUUGGAUUAAUAUUUGACACAUCUAGAAACUUUAUUUUAUCUGACCUUUCUUAAUGUUUUGACCAAUUUCUAGCCAAUGCUGUUGAAGCAGUUGGCAAUGCAAUUUGUAGAAAAUGAUAAAACAAAAAUAUGAAUCAUAAUCAACCAACGCAUAAUAAGAUCAGUGUUCUGUAGUUAAAUCUAGCUCAGAUUGUGAGCCAACAUUACAAACACCCUCUGAAAAGACCAGCUGUCUAGCAAUUCUGAGGAAGCUGAUAAGUUGAGUCUCCCUAAGAUGGGAGUUCCACAGUUGGGGUGCCACCACAUUGAGAUGUAGCAAUUCACAAAGGGCAUAGUUUUAUAAAUAUUUAAUAGAUUUAUGUGUAUGUGCAUGCACACACGUGCCUAUCUUGUCACAAAUGUGAGUAGCUUGUGAUUAUUACUAACUUCUGGAUGCUGUUGUUUUUUUAACUAGUAGGAUGUGUGUUUUCUUUACUACUUGAGCCUUAGAUCCAGUUCUCUCAACAGGAUCCUUUCAUUAAUCAGUUGGUAGCAGUAGGUGGUUUCAGCAAUUCCUUAAGGUGCAUUCUGACAUCUUGAGCUCCGUAGGAACAUUGCAUGUAGACCACCCUCUAUGAAUGGCCUCAGAUGCUCGCUUAUCCCUUUUCAGGUUCAUAAUGUGUUGAUUCAUAAGCCAUUUUUUCUUUCCUGUCAGCUGAAACCUGUACAGACCCAGUCAUCUCUCCAUCCUACUACACUACCUCAGAUGCUGUAAUCUCUUCAGAGACUGUCUUUGUUGUUGAGAUCUCCCUCACCUGUAAGAAUGGAGCACAAGUGAGUGCUGGAAUACGUGGCUUAUUUCAUUGCUAAAAAUAAAGUGCCACCUUGUAGAUUUGAUAAUGGGCCUUAAAUCUAGGGGCUAGGGUUUCCCGUUUUGCAACAGUUGCAUCCAAGUACGUGCAUGGAUUUGGAUUUAUGGUGGGUCCCAAUCCAUGGGCUUUCCAUAGUGUACCCCAUGCUACAUUAACUUGCCUCCCCGAACCAUUGGCUGGCCUGGCUUGCUGUAGUGCCAGCCACUGAUGUGGGGGGCACAUGUACAUUUUGGGAAAGGGACAAAAGGGGUGCAUCCAGGGGCUCUCUGUUAUCUUCACCAAAGACUCUACAAUCCCUAUAACUUGGAGGGGAUGUUGGCAUUUGACCUAGAAAGAUUUGCCUUUCCCAUUGUCCCUGAGCUUUCAAUAGGGCGUGCUGUGAUUCCCUUUGAUUUGAUAUUCAUCCUACUCUCUUUCUGUAGAAUGUUGCUCUCUAUGCAGAUGUCAAUGGCAAGCAGUUUCCUGUUACUCGGGGUCAGGAUGUUGGCCGCUAUCAGGUAAGAACAAGCAGUGAUUUCUGGUAGAGACAGCAAAAUGCUAGUAACACUCUGGGCAGAACAGUGUCAGAUUUGAGUUUAAAUUCUAGCUCAGUCACAUAUCUUCUGGGUGGGGCCAGCUUAAUUGACAUUAACUCCUGGGAAUAUUUUGAGAAUGGGCAUUUUUAAUACAUCGCGUGUAGAGAAUGUGCUCCCUUCAGGCUUCUCUGCAACGUGUGAUGCUUUGUUAAAAUCCAGAAUCCUGGAUUUUUCUCCCAGCUUGUUUAAGCACUUUUUAAUGUUCAUUUUCGUUACUUGAAAACGUAGACAAAAACAGUGAAUCAAGUAAAAAUAAACCAGAUUCAUCAGACUUGUAUAACAUUCAGGGCAUGUUCAACACAUGAGAAUAAUGGUAACCAGAGCAAGAAUAUUGUAGAAUACACCCUUUUCUACUCAAUAUAGUUUGUCCGUGAUGGUGAUGAGAAAGUUGUGCAGUUUGCCAACAACUAAAGAAAGUAGGCUAUAACUGCCUUAUGGUUUUUGGGCUUCAUGUUUGACGUUGGCAUUGCUGAACAAGUUGGCAGUCUUUAUGCUGUAUAAAUUCAAGUUAGGAAAUUGCAGUCCUCCUGCACAAACGCAUGGCUCUGGAUUUAUGGCGGGUCUGGUUCCAUAGAUCCCUCCAUAGUGUACUCCAUGCUAAAGCAAGCUGCUAGUCCGAACCAUUGGCCAGUCUGGCUUGUAGUAGCCCUGGCUACUGAAGUGAGUGGCACAUGUGUGCAAGCAUCUUUUGUGUGCAUGCCCAUCUAUGUUCCCCUCUGGUCGGGGGGGGGGGAGUCCAUCUCGCUCAGCACUGAUUGCCCAUCCCUUUCUUUGGCAGGUCUCUUGGAGCAUGGAGCAUAAGCUGGCUCGCUCUGGCACCUACGAGGUGAAGUUCUUUGAUGAGGAGUCCUAUAGCAUCUUGCGCAAGGUGAGGUUGCCCCCUGGUGGGGGAAGGGGGUGGCUUAGCUAAUUACAUGGGCUGUAGGUGACAUGACCUCACUAGUAGCAUAAGGAAAGAAAGCUCUUGCUGGUACUCUUGGCCUUAGUCUCACAGCUCUUACUCUAUGUCUUCUAACAUUUGUUGUCCUCACUCUACCUCCCAUUUAUACCCAUUUUGAGAAGCACACAGUGUCUCACUUACCACUGAGCAACUGAAGCCUGUCUGCGCACACUUGAAACUCGAAAGAGUGAGCCUUCCUUUAAUGGUGGAUGGCAAGGAUCCCAUGGCAACCUGAGCCCCAGUACUUAAAAAAGAAAAGAAAAUAUUUCAGAUCUUAACAUAUUCGUCAUCCUGGUUGCUCUUUAUGGUCUCCACUGGACAUUUCCCUGUAGAGCUACUCCUUCUAGGAGAGUGGCAGUGAUACCAGAUCUGUGGAGAGAACAUUUAUCCCACAAGGAGCCCUGUUUAACUGUAUGUAAACUCAGAUAUCCCAAUUCUAUCUCCCCCCCCCCCCCCCAGGCUCAGCGCAACAACGAGGAUGUCUCUGAGAUCAAACCCCUCUUUUCGGUCAAUGUGGAUCAUCGAGUGAGUAAAGGAGGAGGAGUUGGGCAGCCUGCUCCUCUCUGGGGAAAGGGGUUGCUUCCAAGGGUGGCCAGUGCCCAAGACAAGGUGGAACAUCUUUUACAGCCAUGCUAGAUCUUUCAGUGCUGUAAUGAGGACUGGUAGUUUGUGGGUCUAUUCUGUGAUGGGCACCAUGGAACAUUACCCAGGAGUCCAAAUUUGGGCCCCUUGCUGCAAGGCAGAAGCAGAUACCUUGGCCCCACCAAAAUGGGACUGUUGAGCAUGGGUCAUCUGCCCACAAGGCAGAGGAUAUUCUCUGUACUUUGAUUUUUGGGUUGGAUGGAGAGGUCAGCAAGUGGUGGAGGAGGACAACAACCUGCAACAAGAUAUUGGGCAUAAAGGGAUGGUCCAGAAUGAAGCUUUUUAUGUCCCUUUUAAUUUGGUUGGGGUGGCUGUGAUUUGCACUUAGGGCACUGGCUGAAAAUGUCUCCUCAGUUUGAGGCCUGAUCCCCCAUUUGUUGCUUGACUGUUGAGAUUAUUUCUACACCUGAGCCAGGGUUAAACCUUGAAUGCAAAUCCCUCCCCUCUGUAGAAGCCAUCUGCCUUCAUGGCCAAUAAUCUCUUAAGUCCCUCAAGGCUCCUUAUCCUUGGCGCUGCUGUUCUGUGAUCUUCCAUGGAAGUGCACAGCAGGCCAAAAGCGGGGAUACAGAAAAGAUUCAGCUACAACGCUCCUGAUGCCUCUCUGUAUGCCUAGCUCUGUGACUUACAUGUUUUCUGUUCUCUUUUCUCCUCCUCUCCCUCGCCCCAACUAAUAAGGGUGCCUGGAGCGGACCGUGGGUCUCCACUGAGGUACUGGCAGCAUUCAUUGGUCUCCUUGUGUAUUACAUGGCUUUCAGUGCCAAGAGCAACAUCCAAGCGUAAUCUGUUUCAAUAAAACUUUCAUGCCAAACUUGC